AUGUCUAGUCUUCCAGGUGAAAAUUUUGAGGUUAGACAAACUUCCACCACCGACGACUACCACCCCGAUCCUAGUAAAAGCAUUCCGUUAACACCUGCUCGCCAAGCGCUCAUCGACGACAUUAUCGCACUUUACUCUUGCAAGCCAACCAUCAACCGUGUCAAACGAUACACCCCAGACUGCGUAUACGAUGAUCAGUUCGUCUAUGCAAAUGACCGGUACAAGAUGGCGGGACAAUGGUUCGCACUGCCGAAGUUAUUCAAUGCAAGUAAGAAUGAAGGGUAUCAAAUCGUAACGAAUGAUCGUGAGCUCAUCCAAUUCAAGAAUGAACAGUCGUGGACGUUCAAGAUCAUACCCAAGACGGCCACAAUAAACGCUCUCGUUUCUCUUUCACUCGACCCUGCAACCGUUGACUCGGACUUCAUCCAAAUCAAGUACCAUAAGGAUCAAGCGAACGACAAGGACUAUUCUCACGAAGGUUUGGGAUUUAGUUUCAAAAAGUGGCAGGCUGAGAAUGUGGUGAAGUACAUGAACAAUCCUGAGGUCGAGCAUUUCAAAGCAGAUGAAAAAGCAGGGAAGGAGGAUGUGAGGCGAUAUGGGUCGGGUACAGAGGAAGGGAACGCUCCGAAGAAAGACUUCUAA